AUGACUACAGACUCCACUUUAACUCAACUUAUCGUCGAUAAAUCAAAAUGUGAAUCGGUACAUACACUGCUGCCAACGUAUGAUCGAAAUCAACUUAAACAUGGAAUCGUACAUUUAAGUGUUGGAAAUUUUCAUCGAUCACAUUUAGCUUAUUAUAUGGAUGUAUUAGCAAGUGAACAUGGAGAAAAAGAUUGGGGUAUUGUUGGUGUUGGAGUUCGUUCAUUUGAUAAACCAAUGAGUGAAGUAAUGAAAGCACAAAAUGGUUUAUAUACAUUAGUAACAAAAGGUACAGAUGAAAAUGAUGUUAAUGUUCGUAUUAUUGGUUCUCUUAUUCGUUAUAUUUUUGCACCUGAUGAACCUGAAAAUGCAUUAUCUGUACUUGUACAUCCAGAUACAAAAAUUGUUUCAAUGACUAUUACCGAAAGUGGUUAUGAUUUAGAUAUGAACAAUGCUGAUAUUCAACAUGAUUUAAAAAAUGCUGAAAAACCAAAAACUGCAUUUGGUUUUAUUGUUCAUGGAUUAGAUGCACGUCGUCGUGCUAAUGAAAAACCAUUUACAGUUAUGUCAUGUGAUAAUGUUCAACAGAAUGGUGAAGUAGCUAAGAAAUGUAUUUUACAAUUUGCUAAAGGUUUAAAUAAUGCUGAAUUAGUAGAAUAUAUUGAAAAUAAAGUAACAUUUCCAAAUGCUAUGGUUGAUCGAAUUACACCUGCAACAACUGAUGCUGAUCGUAAAUAUGUUCGUUCACAUUGUGGUAUUGCUGAUGAAUGGCCUGUUGUAACUGAACCAUUUAUUCAAUGGGUUAUCGAAGAUAAUUUUUGUAAUGGUCGACCACCACUUGAAUUACUUUCAUCAUCAGCCUAUAAUGUCCUACUUACUGAACAUGUUGAAGCAUAUGAAUGUAUGAAAAUGCGUCUUCUUAAUGCAUCACAUACAGGCAUGUGUUAUAUUGGUUAUUUAAUGGGUUAUACUUAUAUUCAUGAGAUAAUGUUAGACAAACAAAUUGAAAUUUAUAUUGAACAAUUAAUGAAUAAUGAAGUAACACCAACAUUACCUCCCGUACCUGGUAUUGAUCUUGAAAAAUAUAAACGUACACUUGUUGAACGUUUUUCAAAUCCACAUAUUAAAGAUACUGCAUUACGAGUAUGUAUGGAUGGAGCAUCGAAAUUUCCUAAAUUUCUUGUACCAACUAUUGUUGAACAACUUAAACGAGGAAAUUAUCCACAUUUUUCUGCAUUAGCUGUCGGUGCUUGGAUUCGAUAUUUAGGUGGUAGUGAUGAACAAAAUAAACCGAUUACAUUACAAGAUGCAUUAGCUGUUGAACUUAAAUUAAGUGAAUUGGCUGAAAAAACAAAACCAAGUGCAAAAGAAAUUCUUAGUAUUAAUCAAAUCUUUGAUACUAUCGCUGAAAAUACACAAUUUGCUGAAGCAGUAGAAAAAGUCGUUGGACUUUUAUAUAAAGUUGGUUCAAAAGAAACACUUCAACAAUGGGUUAAUGAAGCUCCAACAAAAAAAUGA